AUGUUUGGAAAUGCCAUGGGGCUCCGCCCCCUUGCAGUCAUGUUGGAGCUGGAUGCUGACCUCCUGGCCACGCCUCCGCUGGACGCCCUCCUGACUUCGGAGCCUUCGCCCACACUCAGCUCGCUCGCCCUGCUGUCGUGUGUGAAAACGGAGCCGGAGGAGCUUGAGUUAGAGUCGCUGUCCACCGCCGAGCUGGCGCGUGAUCAGAUCCGCAUGGAGAUUAGCGGCCUGGACUACAUCAAGUCUGAGGCGCACUAUGAGACCGGCUCUGUCUACGAUUACAUCUCCCAGGUCUCGGACUCCCUGGAGUACCUGAAAGCCGAGCAGAUGGACCUUCAGUGCUAUUACGAGUUCCGGUCAGAUUAUUCGGAGCCGAGUCUGGAGUCGAUCCACAUGGCCGAGCUGCGGUCCGAACUGCACAAGCUCCACCCAGACGCAGUGCUGCUGGAUGGCCUGAAGGUGGAGCCAGAGAGCAGCGCCGAGCCGAGUCUGUACGAUCUGCAGCCUCCGAAGACUCUGAGCGGGAGCACACCGAGGAAGAGCGCCACCAACAGGAAGCAGAGGAACAUGCAGGGAGAGAAGGCGUUCUCGUGCACACAGUGUGGGAAGAACUUCAGCACGCUGGGGAACCUGAAGACGCACCAGCGCAUCCACACGGGCGAGCGGCCGUACUGCUGUUCUCAGUGCGGGAAGAGCUUUGGUCAGGCGGGCAACCUGAAGAGGCACCAGCUGAUCCACACGGGCCACAAGCCGUACGUGUGCGCCCACUGCCCCAAGGGAUUCACCAAGGCAGACGACCUGCGGGCCCACCAGAGGCUGCACACAGGGGAGCGGCCUUUUCUCUGUUCCACCUGCGGGAAGAGCUUUGGCCAGUCCAAAGAGCUAAAGGCGCAUCAGCUGAGCCACACGGGCGAGCGACCGUACUGCUGCGCGCACUGCGGCAAGAGCUUCACCAAGGAGACCAGUUACCGUAACCACGUGCACAUCCAUACAGGCGAGCGCCCCUUCUGCUGCUCGCAGUGCGGAAAGGCCUUCAGCAAUGCCGGAGUGCUUAAGACCCACGAGAAGAUCCACUCUGGAGAGCGCCCCUUCGGCUGUACGCAGUGCGGGAAGAGCUUCGGGCGUCUCGGACAUCUGAAGGCGCACCAGCAGAUCCACACGGGCGAGCGUCCGUACGCCUGCACCCACUGUGGCAAAGCAUUCAGCCAGAGCGGCCACCUGAGAGCACACGAGCAGAUCCACAAGAGAGGGGCUAGCGAGGAGGCUAACGGUGCUAACACCAGCGAGCAGAUCCACAGAAGAGGAGCGAGUGAAGACGUCUCUAAUGAUGUUAAUGGUGCUAACGAUGCUAUCACCAACGAGCAGAUCCACGAGAGGGGAGGAGCUAAUGAACACGCUAACAAGGAGCAUAAGGAAGGCCAUGCUAACGCCAUCGACCAGCAAAUAUACGCAAGGUUAGCCAACAAAGACCACACCAAUGCUGCUAACGAGGGGGGAAGAGCGGAUGGAAGCCACGCCCACAUGGAGAUGGACAUAAGGGCCGAGGCUAAUGAAGAGUGCGCAGAGGAAGGAGCCGGAGCUAACGACAGCAGCUAA